AAGUGUGUCCUCAGCGGCGGCCCGUGCAGCGCUCCCGCGAGACGCUCACCUGCGCACCAGGUGAGCGGCGCGGGGGGCGGGGGGAGGGGCCCAGCCGGAGGCCGCUCACCUGGCGGGACAGGUCCCUGGCUACAGCAAACCAUGCAAUGAGCCAUGCCCCGCCCUGGACACCCCCGCCCGUCAUCUGGGCCCCCACGCCUGGGCCCCUGGGAGCGACCAGCAGAGCUAUGCCUGGAGACAUAUGAUGAGCCAUCCCGGGCCCCACCAAGCCGCCGCACCCGUAGGCCAGACCCCAAGGACCCUGGCCACCAUGGGCCGGAGAGCCUUACCUUCCUCUCCGGCUCUGCUGAGCAGGCUGCUGAGCCCCCAGCCUGCUGCAUGCUCUGGCGGCCCUUGGUAUGGGACUGGUGCCGGGCCGCCUUUUGCUUCCGCCGCUGCCGGGAUUGCCUCCAGCGCUGUGGAGCCUGUGCGCGGGGCUGCAGCCCCUGCUUGUCAGCUGGGGACUCCCCUGAAGGGACUGCUGAAGCCAGCUGGGCCAAGGAGCACAAUGGAGUGCCCCCCAGCCCUGACCGUGCCCCUCCCAGCCGGCGGGAUGGCCAGCGGCUCAAGUCGGCCAUGGGCAGCAGCUUCAGCUACCCUGACGUCAAGCUCAAAGGCAUCCCUGUGUAUCCCUACCGCAGCGCCACCUCCCCAGUCCCGGAUUCAGACUCUUGCUGCAAGGAGCCACUGGCCGAGCCCCCAUCCAUGCGGCACAGCCUGCCCAGCACCCUUGCCAGCAGCCCCCGUGGCUCCGAGGAAUACUACUCCUUCCACGAGUCGGACCUGGACCUGCCUGAGAUAGGCAGUGGCUCCAUGUCCAGCCGCGAGAUCGAUGUGCUCAUCUUCAAGAAGCUGACGGAGCUGUUCAGUGUACACCAGAUCGACGAGCUGGCCAAGUGCACCUCAGACACUGUGUUCCUGGAGAAGACCAGUAAGAUCUCGGACCUUAUCAGCAGCAUCACCCAGGACUACCAUCUGGAUGAGCAGGAUGCUGAGGGCCGCCUGGUUCGCGGCAUCAUUCGCAUCAGUACCCGAAAGAGCCGUGCCCGCCCCCAGGCCACAGAGGGGCGCUCAACCCGGGCAGCUGCCCCUGCUGCCGCUGCCCCUGACAGUGGCCAUGAGACCAUGGUGGGCUCAGGGCUCAGCCAGGAUGAACUCACGGUGCAGAUCUCCCAGGAGACGACCGCAGAUGCCAUCGCCAGGAAGCUGAGGCCUUAUGGAGCCCCAGGAUACCCCACCAGCCACGACUCGUCCUUCCAGGGCACUGACACAGACUCUUCAGGGGCACCCCUGCUCCAGGUGUACUGCUAACAUUCGCCAGGCCCAGUGGCCACAACCCCUUCUGAGAGAAGCACAGACUACAGCAUGAAGAGAGGGGCCAGAACCCCCCUCUGUGGAAGGCAAGGCCACGAGCCCAGGUGCAGUGCCCACCCUGGCUCCUCCCUCCUUGACUGAUGGGUUCCUGGACAACAUGCAUUUCACGGGGCCAUGGUGCCCACCUCCCUGGGUCCCCUGCUGGCCCGAACCCAGCCUGGGUCAUGGAAAAAAAGACUGAGGAGGGGAGUUAACUUCCGGGAUUGAAUCCCGACUCUCCCCAAUACAUGCUCCCCCUGUAACAUACACUCCCUAACCAAUCAUGCAAACCUCCCCCUCCCUGGGACAAAGGGAGCCGGGGUAGUAGCUAAAAGAAGCUUGUCUUAAAUGGAUUGGGUUGGGAGGCAGGCAGGGCCUCUGGAAUUCUGUGGGCAGUGCCCACUCUGUGUUCUAUUGAGUGGUUCUCAAGUGAUGUCCUACGUGCUAACAUGACCAUACCACAAACUUAA